AUGGCAUUCACGACCAAGGCCACGAUCCGGUCGUUUGGCGGCAAGCUGGUCAAGCUGUCGCACGCGUCGACGUCGACGGGCACUGACAUGGCCGUCAACGUGUUCCUGCCGCCGCAGGCGCUGGCCGGCGCCAAGGUGCCCGUGCUGCUGUACCUGUCGGGCCUGACGUGCACCCCCGACAACUGCUCCGAGAAGGGCUUCUUCCAGCACGCCGCCGCCCGCCGCGGCCUGGCCAUCGUCUACCCGGACACGUCGCCGCGCGGCCUCAACCUGCCCGGCGAGCGCGACGCCUGGGACUUUGGCGAGGCCGCCAGUUUUUAUCUAGACGCCACCCAGCCGCCCUUUGCCGGCAAGUACAACAUGGAGUCGUACCUGACGCGCGAGCUGCCCGCGGCUUUGUUUGCCGACGCGGAGUUCGGCGCCUUCUUCGCCGGCCCCGAUGCACUGGCCAUCACCGGCCACAGCAUGGGCGGCCACGGCGCGCUGUCACUGUACCUCAAGCACCCGGGGCUGUUCCGCAGCGUGUCCGCUUUCGCCCCCAUCGCCAACCCCUCGCGCUGCCCCUGGGGCGAGAAAGCCUUUGCGGGCUAUCUCGGCGGUCCCGACCGCGAGGCGUGGAAGCAGCACGACUCGACGGAGUUGCUCAGCCGUUGCGCGAAAGGCACCGACGUCAGGAUGCUCGUCGACGUCGGCACCGCCGAUAACUUCUACAAGCAGGGCCAGCUGCUGCCUGAGAGCCUCGAGAAGGCGGCCAAGGACGCCGGUGUCGAGGGCUUUGAGCUGCGGUAUCAGGACGGCUAUGACCACUCGUACUACUUCAUGGCUAGCUUCGCCGACGACCACGUCAACCACGCGGCCAAGCACCUGGGUCUCUGA